CGAGCCUAACAGUCCACGGUGAACAGUUGAACGGAGACAAGCUUCCGACCGGUUGCAAAGCGAUCUGCGUGCUCGAAUCAAACUCGGUGAACUAGUCAGACGCGGUUUGUGGGUCAGUUUAGUCGAUGCGCGACAAAGAGUGAAAGUGCAAAAAAUAUAAGCAAACAUGAAGUCACUUGUUGCGUCCGGAGUUGCGUUGUUAAUGCUUGCGUCGUCGAUAGUCCCAGGCUGCGCGCAAGAUUUCAAAGGCGCCAUCGAUGAGUGCACGAAGGAGUUCGAAAUGGAUAUGGAUGUGGUCGUUUCGCUCAAGUACGGCGAUUUCAGCGAACGUGAUCCCCUGAUAGAGUGCUUCACCGAGUGCCUGAUGAAACGAUCCGGCUUUAUGUUCGACGACUUCAGCUACAACAAAACGUUAAUCAUCGGUUUCGCCGGGCGCUACUUGGAACCCGAGGGUGCCCAGUAUGUUUACGAUAACUGUGUGGACAAAUUCGGAACGACGGUAUGCGUGACCGGAUUCGAAAUGUACCAGUGCAUACACGAAACAGCGGUGGCCGAAUGGGUCGAAAGUAAUUUCUAGUGCAAGCAAUAAGCCGAGUAAGCAAUACAAUGAGAAUCGGGCGCGGGCGCGAGAGAGUGCCGUUUCACACCGGCUGUGUUUCUUAUACCUACUGCCCAACAGAGGCGAGUUGUUGGAUUUCGCGAAUUUUAAGUGUGUCAGUUUGGCGUAUUGGCCCAUCGAAUCCCUCUCCGAUAUGUGUUACACUGCAAGGGGGAGAUGUGAGAAAAAAAAACGUUCCAGUACUGAUUCAGAUCAAAUCUUAACACGAUUGAUUUUUUAAGGUGAAAAUGAAUCGAACCAAAACCACAAGUUUUCAAGAGCACAAAUCUGGAGCACCGGAUAUCCGUUCAAGCUGAAAACUUGAUCGAUUGGUCACUCUUGACCAAUCGAUAAAACUUUCCACGUGAACGAUUGCCUGGUUCUUCAGAUUUGUGCUCUUGAAAAUUUGAUACUCGGCUUGAAUUCAUCUUCACCUUAAAGCGUCACGUGGAUGGCAUCUCAUAGAAAUUUAAUAGUUUAGAAUUUAUUUAUUGAAUUAUUUAUUUAUUUAUUGACACCUUAGUUAAAUUAUUUCUAGUUUAAGAAUAUCAUUUAAUUUAUUUUUAAUUCGAAACUUUGCAAGUACACCAGGACAAGUUGAAACAGCAGGGUAUAUAAUCAGAAUGAAAAGAUGCAAACAAUCACGCAUCGAAUUUUCAAGAGCCUAUAUUAAAAGAAUCUUAAAAUGAACUGCGCUGAAAAUAUGAUCGAUUGGUUCACCAGAUCAAUCCAUUAAGUUUUCAUAACA